GAUGCUUGUACGAUCUUGAUUCGAUUAAUUUCACGGCUUGUUGCAUCUCUAGAUAAAAAGUCAAAAAUUGGACAAAUGUCUUGUUUGUGGUCUCAAUAAUGAAAUCUAUGUUUUGCGGAGUACACAAGUACACUUUGCUUCAAUGUAAUGAAUUUGUGAGUUGCCACUAAUUUUAUUUUACUGGUGGAAUAUUUGUGAGAACUGCAAUUUACGCGACUUAAGUGCGUGGCACUAGAAGAAAUUGAAAGUUGGAAAACGGAUUCACUUUCAACCGGUUGUCUCAAUCGCCCGUGUUUGGUCUACGAUGUGUUUGAGCGCUGAUGUGAUUGCAUUCUCGGGCUAAGCAAGCUCCAAGGAUUUCCAACAUCAUGGACGAGGAUGGCGACGAUAAAGAUGACUCCAAAAGGAGGACUAGAAAUCUUAGCGAGAAGAAGAGACGCGAUCAGUUCAACAUGCUGGUCAACGAGCUCAGCACAAUGGUGUCCACAAACAAUAGGAAGAUGGACAAGUCCACUGUCUUAAAAUCUACCAUAUCAUUCCUGAAAAAUCAUAAUGAAAUCACUGUAAGGUCACGAGCACAUGACGUCCAGGAGGACUGGAAACCAGCAUUUCUGUCCAACGAGGAGUUUACUUACUUGAUCCUGGAGGCACUUGAAGGAUUCAUGAUGGUGUUCUCGGCGUCCGGGUGUAUUUACUACGCAUCAGAAAGCAUCACUUCUUUGCUUGGUCAUAAUCCGUCUGACCUUGUAAAUAAAAGUAUAUUUGAUUUGGCGUAUGAAGAAGACAGAGCGGGUCUAUACAACCUCCUUCAGAAUCCAGGCGCCGCCAUAGACCCCUUGCAGCCUGGACCGAAAGAUGAAAUUAGGUUCCAGUGCCAUUUGCGGAGAGGCAGCCUGGACUUUAGAGAUGACACCAUGUACGAAUUGGUGCAAUUCAAUGGCCACUUCCGUGAUUGA